CAGCGCACCGCCUGGCGACAGCUCUGCAGGCUGAUAAGUGCUCUGAGAGAGGUACGAGACUCAGUCAAGGCUGAGGCUCGUCUUAUACCCUCAGCAGCCCAGAGAGCCGUAAAGUUAAAUUAAAGAAACACCGUCCUGGUGAUUUAGAGCAUUAAUAACUCCGUUUAUGUUACACUUUUAUGCGCCUUGGUGCGAUCAGGCGCGCAACAGACGGAGAGCGCACAUGGAAGAACAUUUGUCCUUUUGAGUCACUGACCGAGAAGUAAGUGAGGAAAAGUUCACCCAGCGACAGGAGAGGGACGGAGGGGCUGCGAUGUCGACUUCUUCCGGUCCCGGUCAGGUCAACUCACGGAGGUCCUCCGGUGUGGCACGUGGAAAGAGACCGCCGGAUUUGGAGCUGUCGGAAACCACCUUCAGCGCGCCUGAACCGGGGACACCUGUGGACGUGCUUUCAGACGGAGACAGGAUGCCAGAGGACGGCAACUCUCCCCCCGGUGUCCCCCCGGUACACCUCCACCCCUACUUAUCUCACCCCCGCAUGUCGGUGCGGAUGUCGGUGUACAGCACCGGGGUCCGUCCGGUGCUCACCCGCGCCUACAUCCAAGGACGCGUGUACAACUUUCUGGAGAGGCCGUCUGGCUGGAAAUGCUUCGUGUACCACUUCACAGUGUUCCUUAUCGUUCUGGCCUGUCUGAUCCUCAGCGUCCUCUCCACCAUCGAUCAGUACCAGGCUCUGGCUCACACGACUCUCUUCUGGGUGGAGAUCGUCCUUGUGGUGUUCUUCGGGGUGGAAUAUUUUGUUCGCCUUUGGUCAGCAGGCUGCCGCAGCAAAUACGUCGGCAUCUGGGGCCGACUGCGCUUUGCCAGGAAGCCAAUAUCUAUUAUAGAUCUGAUUGUAGUUGUUGCCUCAAUAGUUGUGCUGUCAGUGGGAUCCAAAGGUCAGGUCUUUGCCACCUCUGCUGUAAGAGGGAUUCGCUUCCUGCAGAUCCUUCGUAUGCUGCACGUCGACCGGCAGGGAGGAACCUGGCGUCUCCUGGGCUCCGUCGUCUUCAUCCAUCGGCAGGAGCUGAUCACCACCUUAUACAUCGGGUUCCUGAGCCUCAUCUUCUCCUCGUACUUCGUCUACCUGGCAGAGAAAGACGCCGUCGACAGCAGCGGCUCAACUGAGUUUGGAAACUAUGCAGACGCUCUGUGGUGGGGAGUGGUGACGGUGACUACGAUUGGCUACGGAGACAAAGUGCCUCAAACCUGGAUCGGAAAGACCAUUGCAUCGUGUUUCUCCGUCUUUGCCAUUUCUUUCUUUGCCCUUCCUGCAGGAAUCUUGGGCUCCGGCUUCGCCCUGAAGGUGCAGCAGAAGCAGCGGCAGAAACACUUCAACAGACAGAUCCCUGCAGCCGCCUGUCUCAUUCAGACGUCGUGGAGAUGUUUUGCAGUGGAGAACUUUGAUUCUGCCACAUUCAAGAUGUUUUUGAGAAAGAGAUCCAACCUGCCUGCCUCCUCUCUGUCCACCCCGAAGCCCAAGAAAUCGGUGAAGAUAAAGAGGAAGUUGAAAAGCACCGACAAGGACAACGGUCCGACUUCUCCCACCAUCCCCAGCAUCACCUACGACUCGGUGUUUGACAGCGGGAGGGAGCUGAGUUCAGACGUUUAUAGCACCGUGGGCACAGCUGGAUUCAACACUGUGGGAGGAUGUGAUCGCCAGCAGUCCUGGACGUCUUUGUCUUCCCUUCAGUUCAGUUCACCGCCUCCAGUGAAAAGAAACCCCGGACUCCUGGAGGUUCAGUCCCAGAGCGCCCUGCAGAGGAACUGCAGCUUCGCCGACGACCUGGAGAUGGAGUCGGAGCGCGACAGCGAGCUGCUUCCUGCCUCCUCGGUGUCACAGUUGACGGAGUCACAUCGAAAAGCCAUCCGGGUGAUCCAGAGAAUGCGUUACUUCGUGGCCAAGAGAAAUUUUCAGCAAGCUCGUAAGCCGUAUGACGUGCGAGACGUGAUCGAACAAUACUCCCAGGGUCACCUCAACCUCAUGGUGCGGAUCAAGGAGCUCCAGAGAAGACUGGACCAGUCUUUAGGGAAGAUAACGUUGUUCCAGACGGGUUCAGACCGAGCCAAAGACAAAGGCACCAACUCCAUCGGAUCCAGACUCCACAGGAUGGAGGACAAGAUAACCCACAUGGAGCAGAGUCUGAACCGCAUCGCUGAGUCCCUGGCCUUCCUGCUGGACCAGAGGGACGCCGGUGGAGACGAAGGCCGGCUGCGGCCACGGCUUGGACGGACGUCGACCGUCCUCCCCAGCCAGGACAGCCUGCCAAGCUACGACCAGCUGUCUUCGUCACCUUCGUCCUUUUCGUCCAACGCCCCCAGCACCACGCUCAGCCCCAACCCUCCCCUCAGCGCCGCCGCCAGUCAGGAGGAGAGCUGCUGAGACCUGAAACCAAACAGCCUCCAACUUCUCCUUUCACUCAUCAGAUGUAUUCAGAUUGAACGCAGUUUCAACAGCCAUCCGUCUGAGCAGACCUGCAGAGUUCUUUUUAUGAUAUUUAUGUGGAAUGUAGAGCAUGUGGGACAUAUGGAUGUAUCUGAAACUAUCUGAAAUCCCCUAGAGAUUAUGCUCCUGUUAGAUUCUUAGUUGAGUAUUAUGCUUGAAUAUUCUUCAGGUUAAUGCCGGAAACACUGCAAACACAACCUGUACUGUGAUUCUAUAUCCUAUAGUAUUUAAAAAAUGAUAGAAACUGUAAUUAUCUUAGACGAAGGGGCUUUAAAUUUGAAUAUUUCACUUGAAGAGUUCAAUCAAAUGCUGUUAUCACUGUUUUAGUUUUGUUUCACUUUUCUUAAAUGUUUAGAAAAAAGUUCUUAUACAAUAAUAUAAGAUUGUAGUAAUUAUCAAGUCUCUAUGUGAUGUGAUCUUUGUAAUAGUAAACUAUGCUGAUAAACCACAUGUAUUAAUAUCAUAGAGGUAAUGAAAUAGUAGUAAAACUUUAUUAUCGAUCAUGUAGUGCGGUAGUGUCCAUUUAAGCUACAUUUUUCUUCGCAUUUCUGAAGUAAAGUAAUGCAUUUACUGUGUUUCCAGCAUGACAAAUCUUAUAUAUGUCAGUAGAAGGGAUGCAGAAUGACUAAAAAUGACCUCAAUGGCUUCCAAAAUGGCCGCAUAGAAAAGAAAAACCAGAAAAUGAUAGAAAAUGACUGCAGACACACAAAAGAGCCACAAUGUGAUGGCAAAAGAACAAGGAAGAGAUGCAAAUUACUACAGAGAUUUAAAUCUCAACCUAAAAUAAAAGAUCAGUAGGGAACCAAGCGGCCAUUUAGUGACUGCAGUUCAUCUAAUGUCCACUUGAGGCUUCCUCCAAAAGUGAGACGAUGCCCAUAGACCUCCACGUUAAAAUGUCCAACUUUACAGCAGAAAUAAACACAUUUACAGCCUGGAACAAA